AUGCUCAACACUCCUCCCCGGAGCAGCACUGUCAGUCCAAUCUCGCAAGCCGCUCCUGCAGUGGACACCCCUGUCCACCGCUACAGUCGCCGACUGCGAGGCCUAAGUCCCGAGGCAAUACCCCUGGAACUUGCACAGCCAAGGACUCCGUCUGGAGAAAUGACAACCGCCGGCACUUCACAGGUGACUGUUGAGCAGCCUCGGAUUCCUGAGACCUUCCACGGUGAAGUUUAUGAGGACGUCGAGGAUUGGCUUGAGCAGUAUGAGCGAGUCGCCAAGGCGAAUCAUUGGACCGUGGAGCAGAAGCUGUCGCGCGUCUACGUUGCCCUGGCAGACAGCGCUCGUACGUGGUACGAGAACCGGGAAGACACAUUGUCUUCCUGGGAUGCAUUUCGGCAGCAACUUUUCGGAACCUUGGCAAACAGAGACCGCCAUGAAUCCGCUCAGCAACUCAUCGAGUCGCGCAUACAAAAGCCGAAUGAGAGUGUCGCCAUGUUUGCGGUGGAUAUGACCUGCCUGUACCGCCGAGCUGACUCCGAGUUGCCUGAAGCUAAGAAACUCCGCUAUUUGAUGAGAGGCGUCAAAGAACAGCUUUUUGCCGGUUUCCUUCGCAACCCGCCAACAACCGUAGCGGAAUUCAUCAAGGAGGCUACAACCAUCGAGCGUGCACUCCAGCAAAGGUGCCGCUACCACGACCGACCAAACGGCGCAUCGAUAAACGUCUCUGCUUUGACUGCCGGCAGCGAGUGUUCUCUGCGUGACUCAUUCGCGAGAUCGUUCAUGAGGAGAUCGGCGACCUCCUUAUGA